CAACAACAACAACAACAAAAAAAGAGGAGAAAAUUAUUGAUUGAAGACGAUGAUGUUGAAGACAAUGAUCACAAGUCUAUGAACCAAAAUGAGCAGAAGAUUGAAACUCAAAUGCAAGAGGACUCUAUUUGUCCAUGUACUAGUUCAGUCACUGAGAACAAUUCAGAGAAAUGCUCAAAACCUCAGAAAUCACAAUCAUUUGAAGUCACUAGCUCUAAUACAACAAAGCAGGAUCAGAAUCAACAAAAGGAUCGCUUGGCUUCUCUUGAUGAUGCGUCUCUCCAAGCAAAGGUGGAGAAUUCAGAGAGGAAGUUCAUUGAGAGACAACAACAACAACAACAAGAAAAAAAGAGGAGAAAAUUAUUGAUUGAAGACGAUGAUGUUGAAGACAAUGAUCACAAGUCUAUGAACCAAAAUGAGCAGAGGAUUGAAACUCAAAUGCAAGAGGACUCUAUUUGUCCAUGUACUAGUUCAGUCACUGAGAACAAUUCAGAGAAAUGCUCAAAACCUCAGAAAUCACAAUCAUGUGAAGUCACUAGCUCUAAUACAACAAAGCAGGAUCAGAAUCAACAAAAGGAUUGUUUGGCUUCUCUUGAUGAUGUAUCUCUCCAAGCAAAACUAGAGAGUUCCAAGAGGAAGUUCAUUGAAAGACAACAAGAACAAGUAUUCUAA